AUGAGUUCCAUCGAAUUAAACAGCCAGAAUGUUACGUUUGCAACUGGCAUUGAUAAUAGAUUGGAAAAUAAUACCGAACUUGAACAGCAGAACGACCAUUUCCGCGAUGCUCUCAAGACAUGGGCAGUUCAGCACAAUAUUACCCAUCAAGCUUUGAGAGGCUUGUUGAAAUUACUAAAACUGGAAUACAAAGAUGUACAUUUGCCAUUAGAUCCCAGGACCUUACUUGAAACUCCACAAGCUACUGGUAAGCUGUGUAUUGACAUGGCUGGAGGUAAAUAUUGGCAUCAUGGUCUUAAAGCCUGCUUAGAUCAAUGGUUUGCUAACGUGGAUGAAAGUAUAUCAAUAAGUUUAAACAUCAAUGUAGAUGGAUUGCCUAUAUACAAAAGUUCAAAAUAUCAGUUAUGGCCAAUACUAUGCAACGUUCAUGAAAUGCCUCAAUUGAAACCUUUGCCUGUCGGAAUCUUCUUAGGUAAAAGUAAACCGUCGAGUGUGAAUGAGUUCUUAACACCAUUUGUAGACGAACUUUUACCAAUUUUGGAAAAGGGAUGCAUCAUUAAUUAUCGCACUAUUAAUAUCAGAGUGAGAUGCCUGAUAUGUGACUCUCCUGCUCGUGCAUUUGUAAAAGGAGUUGUGAAUUUUAAUGGGAAAAACGGAUGUCUUAAGUGUACGAUUCACGGAGAAUAUUCCUACGUUUCACGCACAGUGGUGUUUCCAUCGCUGCGUUGCCCUCUCAGGAUAGAUGAGAAGUUUCGGCAAAAGAAAUAUGGUCAACAUCACACUAACCAAAUAUCCCCUCUGUUAAGAAUCCCUAAGCUAGACAUGAUUCAAGACUUUGUGGUUGCUGACUCUCUUCACCUGUUAGACCUUGGAUUGAUGAAGCGUCUUCUUAUUGGUUGGAGAGAUGGUAACUUUGGAUUCAUGGGGAAAUUAAGUGCUCUUCAAAUACAACAAUUAUCUAAUGUAAUUGUAAAAGUAAAACUACCUAAAGAGUUUCACCGGAAGACUAGAUCAAUGGAUUGUACGUCCGACAAGGAAACAACUGCUUGGAGCAAGUAG